UUUUUCAAUCACUUUCAUACAAUAUAUUCUCUUGUGUGAAAAAAAAAAAAAAGAAGAAGAAAGAAGAAGUGUAUUUCAGUUGAAAUGAAGCAUUUUAUUGUUGUUUGUGUCAUCUUCUGGACAUGUACAUAUCAAGUCAUGUCCCGAACGUUGUCUGAGUCUUCUGUUGCUAAAACACACGAGCAAUGGAUGUCCAAACAUCAACGCUCCUAUACCGAUGAAGCAGAAAAGCAGAAACGCUUCAAAAUAUUUAUGGAGAACUUAGAAUACAUAGAGAAGUUCAACAAUGCUGAGAAUACGAGUUACAAGAUGGGUCUGAAUCAAUUUUCUGAUUUAACCGAUCAAGAGUUUAUCGCUUCACAUACUAUCAAGGUUUCUAGCCCACUAGUGUCAGAUUCAUCCUCAGAUACAAUACCAUUGAACCUGACUGGUAUUCCAUCAAACUUUGACUGGAGAGACAAAGGAGCCGUCACCGCUGUUAAGGACCAAGGCGUAUGUUCAAGCUGUUGGGCUUUUACAAGUGUGGCAGCUAUAGAAGGCCUUGUCCGAAUCAAAACAAAUAAGUUGAUCUCGUUGUCAGAGCAACAACUAGUAGACUGUAAUAGAGAGAACGAUGGAUGUCAUGAAGGUAACAUGGAUGUUGCCUUCAAGUACAUCAUAACAAACCAGGGUAUCGCUAGCGAAAUUGAUUAUCCAUAUGAAGGAUCUGUCGAAACAUGCAGGAGUAAGAUGAAACGGCCUGCUGUUAAAAUAAGUGGUUUUAUAGAUGUAACUCCAAAUAGUGAAAAGCAUCUGCUACAAGCCGUGGCCACGCAACCAGUAUCAGUUUAUGUUGCUAUCAAUGAUAACUUUAGGCAAUACAGAUCAGGUAUAUUUGAAGGACCAUGUGGAACUGAUCUCAACCAUGCGGUUACUGUAAUUGGUUAUGGGACAAGCCAAGAUGGCACUAAGUACUGGUUGGUCAAGAAUUCAUGGAGCCAGGGAUGGGGAGAAAAUGGUUACAUGAGGUUGCUAAGGGAAAGUGGUCAACCUGGAGGUGUUUGUGGCCUCGCCAAAGCUCCUUCUUAUCCAACUAUGUAGUUUCAAAGCAAAAUUAUAGAAUUCCGAUUUGUUCUUGUGUUUCUGUGCUGUAAUAGUAGUAUUCUGCUGAAUUUAAGCAUCAGCAGGGAUUAUCAUAAUCCGAAAAUAAAUAUGGUUAUUUUUUUUAUUUGUUAA